AUGAGCCGCAAGACUUUCGGACUCGACACCUCGGAUUUACCGCAGGACCCAUACUAUCCCCAGACAGACCCAACAGGCCCUAGUUUCCUUGAUACAGAAGGAUGUCUCUGUGCUUUACAGGUGACACCUGCCGGCGGAGCCCCGGAACCAGCUUGGCAAUGCAUCGGAGACCAAAGCAAGGGAAGCAUCUACACAAUCAGAACCGGCAGAUGGUUCAACACACUCAACGGGAUCGACUCGCCUGGCAGCGACGGGCUUAGUGUUUACGACAGUGCUUGCACCGGCAAGAACAAUACCAGAUUCUCGACCUCGUUCUACGAAGCAACGGCACAGAUCAAUGCAGGCCAGCAGCCAUAUAGUGCUGCGCCGUGUUACAGACAAGGGGCAGUUCCUAUAGAGAUUCAGACUGUGGAGAGUUGGCAGGCUAAUGGGUGUAGCCCGGGUUUUCUAUGUGAGAACAAUACCGUCAACUCAAUACCUCAGUACUGUCCACCGCUAGACGCAUGUCAAAUGGCCAGGUUAGCAUCGUUCACCUGUAGUUUUGGCGGCAAGAACGCUGGCAUGGGCCCUUUUGAGCCGGUUGUUUGUCAAGCUGGGAACUACUGCCCAGAAGAGGAUAAUGGCAAGGUUUCUAUCGUCUGUCCAGCUGGCUCAUAUUGCCAGCCUGGGGCCGCAACCCCAACACCAUGUUCGGUUGGCAGCCGUUGCCCGGCAGGUUCAUCCUACGAGCUAUUCCUCAUCCCUCUCGUCAUCUUGAUCAUUGUCGAUGUUCUGAUGAUCGCCGGCAUGGUUACCUACAGAUUCCGAAAGCGCCUUCGCGAUCAUCAAUCAAAUAAGAGCCGAAGACCAACUUUGAAGCGUGGCAUGAGCAGCAUGAAAGCUCAGAUCACGGGCUACAGGGCACUUUCGGAAGAUGCAGACCGCGAGAUGCUCCCGAUGAGCGCUACCUACGUCCCCAACCGGACCGAUUCCUAUGGAGGAGGGUUUCAAGCCGCCCUUGACCUCGGUUCCGAAUACUCAGUCAAUGUACGGCCAACAAGCGAGAUGCUCAAUCCUCAGUUGAUGGCGUUUGUGUCUUCGAUGAGGCGUGCGACUGAUGCAACCAAUCUUGGUCUCUCCUUCAGCUACUCUGACCUCAGUUUCCACCCUAAGAAAAGCUCCAAGAUGAUUCUUCAAAACGUUACGGGAUCCAUCGACCGGGGCACUUUGACGGCUGUCAUGGGCGGAUCCGGUGCCGGCAAGUCGACGUUUGUCAACGUACUCAUGGGUAAAACCAAGAACACCGGAGGCACAGUAGCUGUGAACAGCAGUCCAGACAAGUUGAAGCGGUACAAGAAGGUGAUUGGUUACGUGCCUCAAGACGACAUCGUGCUGCCGGAGCUCACGGUAUACGAGAACAUUGUCCAUAGCGCAAAGAUCCGCUUGCCUCAGACUUGGUCAACGGCUGACAUUGAAUCUCAUGUCGAUUCUGUCAUUGACUGCUUGGAACUCUCACACGUACGCAACUCCUUGGUCGGUUCAGUCGCUGUACCUGUCAUUAGUGGUGGGCAACGCAAACGUGUCAGUAUCGGUAUGGAACUGGCGUCAGCCCCGAUGGCAAUCUUCUUGGAUGAGCCGACGAGUGGUCUCGAUGCAACUGCAGCUUCAUCUUUGAUGCGCACUUUGAAGGCAGUUGCGCGGCUGGGAAUCACCGUUAUUGUCAUCAUCCACCAACCACGUACCGAAAUCUUUGAGAAUUUCGACAACCUUAUUCUCCUCGGCAAUGGACAGACUAUCUACGAAGGCCCCCAAGCUGAAGUGCAGGACUAUUUUGAGGGGCUCGGCUUCGGGUUUCCGAAACACAGUAAUCACGGCGACGUGGUCACCGAUAUCAUUACUGGAAACGGUCGCGAUUACAAGCAAAUGGGGGAGAUCUCCAAGGACUCGCUCAUUUCGAAGUGGUCAGACCACCACCAGUCUCUCGCGCCGAAGGAACGUCAUGUUUCCUCCAUCAUGAGCAAUCACGGCAUGUACGCCGCCAUCAAACAUCGCGGUGCACCGCUGUACAGACAGGCGUGGCUCUGCCUCCGCCGGGCCAUGCUUCAGCAGUACCGCACCAAAGCAGCUUUCUGGGCUGAGAUGGGUCUCGCGGCGCUCGCUGGAUUUCUCCUGGGCCUUGCCGAGCAUUCGAAAAAAGGCAUCUUGUUUACGGGCACUUUCAAAGAGCCGUACUCGAUCUUGUCAACUGCUGUGGACUUCAAGUCCGCCCCUGAACUCGCCUUAUUGGUCUCCAUUGCUGUGGGUCUAGUGUCUGGUGCACCUGGUGUGAAGACUUUCUCAGAAGAACUGCUCGUCGUCUCGGUCCUUCCCCGUAUGCUCUUUGGAUGUCUCCAUUUCACAACAUUCCUAUUCAUUCUCACGGUACCCGUGAUCAACUGGGGGCUUGCUUUCCUCACGAACUUCUUCUACUUUUACUGUAUCUACGGGCUGGCCAGUAUCGUCAGCAUGCUUGUCCGGCGAGAAGAUGCCCCCCUGUUUGCGACAAUGAUUAGUCUUAUUGUUGCAAUCUUGUCUGGGGCUGCUCCUCCACUUGCUAAAGUCAAGGAGUGGCACCUGGAAUGGCUCUGGCGCGCCUCGCCCGGUGUCUGGUUAGCAGAGAUCUACUUUGGCCAGCUAGUCUCGCCUUUUGCUUAUUUGUAUGAUGUCGACUCUGCUGCAGCGGCGACUGGCUUCCAUUUGAAUUGGUUAUGGCGCAACAUGGGAGUUUUGGUUGGUAUUGGAACUAUCUACAGAGUGGUUGCAUUCCUUGCGAUGAUUUUCGGGCAAAGCAGGCGUAGAUAG